AUGUCUUUCUCAAAAUCUACCACUUCUCUCUCUUUGCUAACCUUUGUUCUGUUCCUGCAAAAGGGUCUGUCGGUCCCCGACCAUGAUUGUUUAAACUCUAUGAAUUUCAAUUCCACUUAUGACGAUUAUGGAAAAAGCCUCAACGAGCUGAUGAAUUAUCUUUCCUAUGAAACUCCUCCCACAGGUUUUUGUCUGGGUUCCAGAGGCCAUGGCCUCGACAGAGCAUACGGGCUAGCCAUCUGCGCCGGCGACGCCAAUCCCUCAGAUUGCGCCAACUGUUUAUCCAACGACACCAACGAAAUUCGCACGCUUUGCCCAGAUAGCAAACGUGCAGUCAUAUGGCACGGGCUUUGCACGUUGAAAUACUCCGACGAGGAUUUCUUCGGCCAAGUUAACUCCCAACUCCGUUACCUUCUUACGGACUCCCAAAAUGCGAGCGACCCCGUUUCGUUCGGCCAAAAGACGAACGAUUUGAUCAGUAAACUCGUCGAGAUUGCGUAUGUGAUCCCAAGGACGUAUGUGACGAACACGGUGAGGCUUGGAGCGUCGGAGACAUUGGAGUUGACGGCUCAGUGUAGUACGGACCUUUCCGGCACCGAUUGCAAAAGAUGCCUUACCAAUUCUGCUGUGGAGCUUCAAAAUUGUUGCGCUGGAAAAAAAGGAGCGACAGUUUACAGUGCCAGUUGUGCCGUGGCAUAUAGCGUUGCUAUCGUUGUAUAA